GGGGACCUGAUUUUGAACCAAACUUGGUGGUUAUGAUUCUUUUGAAAUUAACUGCUUUCCACUUAUUUGACUCAAACUUCUUUACUUCAAAUUUUCUUUUACUUCAACAAAUUAAUCAGCAAAACAAAACCGAUCAACUCGGACAACCUAUCUUCCAUGUUGUACCAAAAAGUUUUUUUCUCUCUCUUUUUUAGUCUUUUAAUCUGUAUAUGUUCUUCACUAUACCUAUUUUACUAGUGUAUUUUGUUGGUUAAAAUAGUGGGCGAAAUCAUGCGUUCAACCUCAAAAAUCCGCAAGCAUUCCAAGAAUCUGAGUGUCAAGAAAUGUGAAGACAGGAUCAGCAACUUGCCAUGCAACCUUAUGAGCCACAUCCUUUCAUUUCUUCCCACGAAAAACGCUGUGGCAACUUGUGUCUUGUCAACCAAGUGGAAGCAAUCUUGGACAUCGUACGACAGUGUGGACUUUGAUGAUACAUUAUUGCUAAAUCAUCGCAAGCGUGAUAGAACUCCGUCUCUGCAAACUAGUUUCACAAAUUUCAUUGAUCAAGUGGUGCUACGACAUAGAGUCUCACGGUUAAAUAAGUUCCAUCUCAAGUGCACUCAGAGUUAUGAUCUGUCACGUGUUAAUGCAUGGAUCGCUGCCGCCUUAGUCUCUAGUGUUAAAGAACUUCAUCUCUCCAUUCCAAUGGAGCAUUCUACAGUGCUACCUCAGGACCUCUUCUCUUGUGGAACAUUGGCGGUACUAAAAUUGGGUGCCAAAUUUGUUAUGAACGUUCCAGCUUCGGUUCAUCUACCGAAUCUUAAAAUUCUCCAUCUUCAUAGUGUCAAAUUUUCAGAUGAUGACUCAAUCGAUAGGCUCAUCUGUGGUUGCCCUGUGCUUGACAAAUUGAGUAUGAGAGAAUGUGUGGGGAUAGAUGUACGUGUUGUUAAGAUUUCGGCACCCAUGCUCAGAAGUUUGGUUAUGUCUCAUUUGUAUUUCAAUUACUGGGGACUUAGGCAUGUUCCCAAGCACUCCUACAAGAUUGUGCUCGAGACCCCAGCUCUUCUCUUCCUUGAAAUCUUUGAUGUUGUUGCAGAAGGUUAUUCAUUACAAAGCUUGUGUCAUCUGGCUGAAGCACGUAUUACUAUUUAUCAAACCACCGGCCAAUUUAAGUCAGAUUAUUCUGAAGCUGUCAGUGAUUUUCUCAAGGGGUUAUCCAACGUACAACGUCUAUACUUAUCUAGUGAAUUUAUGGAGGUUAUGCAAAGAGCAAAUUGCCAAAUGCCAAAGUUCCAUUGCAUGACUCACCUGGAGCUUGGUCCAUCUGGGAAAACUCGCCACGUCUUGGGUCCCUUGUCUUUGGGGAGAUUCAGGUGCCCCUAUGGGUCCAGCGCUUGUACACUGUUGGAAUCCACCUCAAAGCGUGCCUUCUUUUAUGUUACUGCCAAACACAAUCACACAAAUUCAUUCACAUUAAAUGUGGAGCCUACACACACUGUAAGCACACAUUUGGACUCACGUUUGAUUUUCGUAUCUCUGGUAAUGGACUUUGUUAGUAGGCUAGCCUCUGGUGAAGCGGGAGAAUUGUUGUAUAUUCCUUGUGGAGUUUUGUCCACAUUAUUUGUGAAACCUCGUUUAGGGGAAAAAAGGGGUUUGAGGGAUAUCUUAUUCUCACGCAGAAACGGAGAACGGGGGCUGCCGUGCGGCUGUUCAACACGCCUCGGCCAGAGAAGUAGCAACAACACGACGGAAGAAGAAAACUUGCUUCAGGUGGGCGAAAUCAUGCGUUCAACCUCAAAAAUCCGCAAGCGUUCCAAGCAUCUGAGUGUCAAGAAAUGUGAAGACAGGAUCAGCAACUUGCCAUGCAACCUUAUUAGCCACAUCCUUUCAUUUCUUCCCACGAAAAAUGCUGUGGCAACUUGUGUCUUGUCAACCAAGUGGAAGCAAUCUUGGACAUCGUACGACAGUGUGGACUUUGAUGAUACAUUAUUGCUAAAUCCUCACAAGCGUGAUAGAACUCCGUCUCUGCAAACAAGUUUCACAAGUUUCAUUGAUCGAGUGGUGCUACUACAUAGAGUCUCACGGUUAAAUAAGUUCCAUCUCAAGUGCACUCAGGGUUACGAUCUGUCAAAUGUUAAUGCAUGGAUUGCUGCCGCCUUAUUGUCUAGUGUUCAAGAACUUCAUAUCUCCAUUCCCAUGAAGCAUUCUAUAGUGCUACCUCAGGACCUCUUCUCUUGUGGAACAUUGGUGGUACUAAAAUUGGCUGCCAAAUUUGUUAUGAAUGUACCAGCUUCGGUUCAUCUACCGAAUCUUAAAAUUCUCCAUCUUCGUAGUGUUGAAUUUUCAGAUGAUGAGUCAAUCGAUAGGCUGAUCUGUGGUUGCCCUGUGCUUGACAAAUUGAGUAUGAGAGGAUGUGUUGGGAUAGAUGUACGUGUUGUAAAGAUUUCGGCACCUAUGCUCACAAGUUUGGUUAUGCAUUAUUUGUAUUCCAAUUACUGGGAAAUUAGGGAUUUUCCCGAGCACUCCUACAAGAUUGUGCUCGAGACCCCAGCUCUUUUGUUCCUUGACAUCAUGGAUAAGGUUGCAGAAGGUUAUUCAUUACAAAGCUUAUGUCAUCUGGCUGAAGCUCGUAUUACUAUUUUUCAAACCACCGACCAAUUUGAGUUAGAGUUUGAUUAUUCUGAAGCUGUAAGUGAUUUUCUCAAGGGAUUAUCCAACGUACAACGUCUAUACUUAUCUAGUGACUUUAUGGAGGUUAUGCAAAUAGCAAAUUGCCGAAUGCCAAAGUUCCAUUGCAUGACUUACUUGGAGCUUGGUCCAUCCGGGGGUGAUACUGUGGUAUGGGCAUUGUUGACAGAGUUGCUAGAAAACUCGCCACUUCUCGGGUCCCUUGUGUUUGGGGAGGUAGAUUCCGGUGACCCUAUAGGUCCAGAGCUUUUACACCGUUGGAAUCCACCUCAAAGCGUGCCUUCUUGUUUGCUCUUUCACCUCAAGGAGAUAGAGUUUAAGUUCUUUGAAGGGGAGAAUUAUGAGCUGGAACUGUUGGAUUAUUUUCUGAACAACGCAAAAGUUUUGGAGAAGGUGAACGUGUGUCAUCACAAUCGACACAGAAACUGGAGCCAAACAUUUUACACCAUGACAAGAGCUGAAGGUUUUAAGAAAAUGUGGAUGAUGUGAAAGGCUCAAGGACCACUCAGAUUGCAAUCCCGUAUUAUCUGGUUUGUUUUUGGUAUUUCCAGUUGCUCUUGUCAAAUUAGCUUGUGAAAAUCAUUUCGCUACCGUGAUGUUGGAUGCGGAAUUGUGACAG